CGCCCGCUCACGGACGCCACCACACAAAUCGGAAGGCUUGCUUGCCGUCGCUGCAGAGCUGAGGUACGCGAAAGCUACGCGAGUCGCCGAGUCAGGAAAGGGAGACAAGCAUGUCUCCGCAGCGGCACUUCCUCGUGCUGACGUUCCCGCUCCAGGGCCACAUCGCGCCGGCGCUCCGCCUCGCCCGGCGCCUGCUGGCCGCCGCACCCGACGCGCUCGUCACGUUCUCCACCACCGAGGCAGCGCACCGCCGCAUGUUCCCGGCGGAGCCGGACGGCGGCGUCGACGACUGCCGCCUCGAGCUCCUCCCGUUCUCAGACGGCACCGACGCCGGGUAUGAUAGGAGCAGUACCGACCCCGCGGCGUUCACCGACUACAUGGCGUCCUUCCAGGCCGCAGGCGCGCGCAGCGUCGGGGAGCUCGUGGACGCGCUCGCCGCGCGCGGCCGCCCCGUGACCCGCGUCGUGUACACGAUGCUCCUCCCGUGGGCCGCGGACGUGGCUCGCGAGAAAGGCCUGCCGUCCGCGCUCUACUGGAUCCAGCCGGCCGCCGUGCUCGCCGUCUACUACCACUACUUCCAUGGCUACGCCGCCGUCGUGGCCGACCACCGCCACGACCCGUCGUUCGUCGUGCGGUUCCCGGGCCUCCCGCCGCAGGCCGUGCGGGAUCUCCCGUCCUUCAUCACCGAUUCCACCGACCCGUCCGAGUUCUUCCACAGCGUGUACACUACCGUCCGCGACCUGUUCGAAUCGCUCGACAGGGAGAGCCCCAGAGCCACCGUGCUCGUGAACACGUGCCAGGAACUCGAGGAGGGCGCGCUCGCCGCGGUGAGAGCGUACGACGCGCUGCCGAUAGGCCCGGUGCUCCCGUCCGGCGACGAGGCCGGCCUCUUCAAGCAGGACAGCGCCAAGUACAUGGAGUGGCUCGACGCCAAACCGGUCGACUCCGUGGUGUACGUCGCCUUCGGCAGCCUGACGGGGAUGGCGAGGGAGCAGCUAGAUGAGCUGCUCCUCGGCCUUGAGGAGAGCGGGAGGCCGUACCUCUUCAUCGUCCGGAAGGACAUCAAGGCAGAGCUCGCGGAUGCCGUGGAGACGGACGCGUGGCCCAAGAACGGGGUGGUGGUGGAGUGGUGCGACCAGGUGCGGGUGCUGUCGCACGCGGCCGUGGGUUGCUUCGUGACCCACUGCGGGUGGAACUCCGUGAUGGAGAGCAUGGCCUGCGGCGUGCCGAUGGUGUGUGUGCCUCAGAUGUCGGACCAGCGGAUGAACGCGUGGCUCGUCGAGUUUGAGUGGCGCGUGGGAGCACGCGCAGAGGUGGGCGGCGACGGCGUGCUGCGCGCGGUCGAGGUGAGGCAGCGUCUAGAGGAGGUGACGCAGGACGGUGAGGCCGGAGCGGGGGGUGCUCGGGGCACGGCAUCGGAAUGGAAGCGGGUGGUCGCUGAGGCUCUGGGAAAAGACGGCUCGUCGGAUCGUAAUCUAAGGGCAUUCGUGGAGGGCAUCAUUAGCAGUGUCUCCUUAUGAUACCAGCUUGUAGCGUAGGAGGAGAGAUGCGAGGCUUGACACGACGGCAGGUGCACCAAGACUAUAUCUACUUGGCAACCCAAUGUGUGGUUGCAUGGCUAGAAUCACAGUGGUAUCAUCAGCUUAUCAGAGUUUAAAUCUUGAUGCUUGCAUUA